GAGAAUGAAGGGGCCAGGGGGGUUGUGGAUCAGACCCCUUUCAGGGCAAGAAGUUUCGGGAGAGAGGGUGUUUGCGAGCGAAGGGCUGGCCGAGGGGCUUUUCCCACUCGGCUUGAUGGAGGGAAAAGGCGUGCGGUUCCUUUAAGCCAAGCAGCCCAGCGCUGGUGUCUCGGGCUUGCUGGAGCUGCUUGUUGGAGACAGUUUGACCAAUAGAAGCCCAAACGGAGAUCUAAAUAAUUCCUGAGUGAGAAGAAGCCAAGGCAGAGGCUUGUGUGAGAGGCUCCUGCACCAGCAGGAGGGUGGUGGGGGGAGAUCCGAGCCUCACAACAACUCUGCUGCCCUCCCACCCUUCAUAAAGCUUUGAUGAGACACUUGAGCUGCCUCCUGUGUUGCUGGGGCUGCAGGAGGCGGCUGGUGGGACUGGGCGGCUGGGAGAGGAUGUGACUUUCCGGAGGGACCCGAGCAGGCUUUGUGUGGACAACAAGUUCCACCAAGUAAGAAGAGUGAUGACCAUCCUUUUCCUUACUAUGGUUAUUUCAUACUUCAGUUGCAUGAAAGCUGCCCCUAUGAAAGAAGCAAGUGUCAGAGGACAAGGCAGCUUGGCUUACCCAGGUCUUCGGACCCAUGGGACUCUGGAGAGCCUAAGUGGGCCCAAUACUGGUUCAAGAGGACUGACAUCAUUGGCAGACACUUUUGAACAUGUCAUAGAGGAGCUUCUAGAUGAGGAACAGGAUGUCCAGCCCAGUGAGGAAAACAAAGAUGCAGACUUGUACACAUCUCGGGUUAUGCUAAGCAGUCAAGUGCCUUUGGAGCCACCAUUGCUCUUUCUGCUUGAGGAGUACAAAAAUUACUUGGAUGCUGCAAAUAUGUCCAUGAGGGUCCGGCGCCACUCUGACCCUGCUCGCCGUGGGGAACUGAGCGUGUGUGACAGUACUAGUGAGUGGGUAACAGCAGCAGAAAAAAAGACAGCAGUGGACAUGUCUGGUGCAACGGUCACGGUCCUGGAAAAAGUUCCCGUACCCAAAGGCCAACUGAAGCAAUACUUCUAUGAGACCAAAUGCAAUCCCAAAGGUUACACGAAAGAGGGUUGCAGGGGCAUAGACAAGAGGCACUGGAAUUCCCAGUGCCGAACUACCCAGUCUUAUGUGCGAGCUCUCACCAUGGAUAACAAAAAGAGAGUUGGCUGGAGGUUUAUAAGAAUAGACACUUCCUGUGUAUGUACAUUGACCAUUAAAAGAGGAAGAUAGUGGAUUCAUGUUGUAUAGAUUAUAUUGAGACAAAAUUAUCUAUUUGUAUAUAUACAUAACAGGGUAAAUUAUUCAGUAAAAUAAUAAUUUUAUGGACUGCAUGUAUAACUGAAGUUUAUACAGUACAGUGGUUCCACAAUCUAUUUAUUGAACAUAUCCAUGACCUGAAGGGGAACAAAUGUCAUUUGCGCACAACUAAAACAAAUAAGUCUCUCUGCAUUACAUUCCUCGAUAACAUUGUGGUUUGUUGCCGUUGCCAAGAAUUGAUAACAUAAAAAUUUAAAAAAAUAAUAAAAUUGCAUGCUGCUUCAAUUGUGAAUUGAUGAUAAACUGUUCUCUUUCAGACAAAUAAUUUGAACCAAAACAUUCCGUUUACAUUUUACACAGUAAGUAUCUUUAUUCCUGUUAGUAUUAUAUCUGUUUACUGCUUUUAACUUCUGAUAGCGUUGGAAUUAAAACAAUGUCAAGGUGCUGUUGUCAUAGUUUUACUGUUUUAUUUUUUUACUUUUAAAUUCCCACAAGGUUGGAAAAGGGGUAAAAGCAUUAUGAAACAUGUGCUGGAUAACACAAAUUUGGUUUUUCUUUUGUAUGUUGUGAAGGUGUUUGCAAUAUUGAAUCAGGCUAUUGACUAAAUAAAAAAAAAAGAGGCAACUGAAAAAGAAUGCUAAUGUUCCGCUUCACAUUGCUGAACUUCAGACUCAAGGACAGAACUUGUGUAGCUGCCUGGCUCCUUGUUUCUCUUCUUUUUUAAUGACUAUAUUUUGAAAGAACUGCGUUUACUUAUAUCACAUUUGUGUGUGUGUUUUUUUCUGGCAGGGGCGGGUGUUUGGAGUUUUUCUCCCCUUCCUCUCUUGGGCAGGAAAUUGAUUGCAAUCUCUGAAAUAUUUCAUGCCUCCCCAUAUGACUAAUGCUUGUCAUAUUGAAAACAUCAUAUAGAGUGUUGAGAGCAAUUACUUAAAAUUUAAUAAAAGAAGUUUUGUGCUUGGAUCAAACGUUUUGUUGAAGCACAAUAAAAUGUCACGAUAAUGUGGUCUGAACAGAGAACAGUAAACCCAACUCAGGGACACUACAAGAUUGUACACUCGGGGCCCAGUUCAAUGAUGAGUUACAACACAUUGGUUUGAGUGGGGCAUUAUGAGUGUAAAUCUGCAAUGAAUUUGGCAACAUGUGUUCAGCAGCAGAGCAAUGCCAUUGCCCUGCAUAUUGAUGCAUGUACUGGAGCCUAAUUCUCCACUGAUGACAAAGGAAAUAUCUAAUAUGCUCUAUCCUUGGAGUUUCUGGGAAUUAUGGCACAUGAGAAAUUGAGAGAAUUCAGGCCUGAAGGACUCCUGAAGACUGGCUCUGGAAUGAGCUAAAAAGAGGGCUCUACCUCUAGCUUUUAAGUACCAAAUAACUUUGGAUAUGUUCAAGAGAUUCUAAAUCUUCAGGUGCAGCACAUGGCUGCUUUAAUCCAUUAAACAAAUAGCAUUAUGAAUAAAUAAGAGGGUAAGAAAGUAGGUGUGAUACUUACUGUUGGAAUAACAAACACCAAAUCCAGUUAGAUGCGAAUAUCCAGUUGCAGCUGACGUCUACUAGUCCAAUCGCACACAAUCAGUAUUUUUUAGUUAGAAACUUUAACUCAAAACAGAGAUACAUGAUUAAAUAAAGGCAAAAUGUAGGUAUGGACUAAGUACAGGAAUUGCAGUGAAUACAGUGGGAGAAACUUGCUUUCUAGAAUGAGUCCAAUAGUUCAGUUUUAUAUGAAAUUCAGAUAGGUAGGAUAAAAAGAGAUCAUUGGAAAAUAGUUCAGACAAGGACACUUGAAUUUCACAAUAUUCAUCCAGAAUUCAAUAUUAGCAAAACUUUGCAUCUCUAUUCUAAAUCCCCAGAGAUCAGGCGUAUUGUAAAAUGUACUUUCUUCUCACAAUUGAUCCCUGUCUUAUGUUGAACACACAUAACCCACCAACAAGUAGUUGUUAUCCCAUAAAUUAACCCAAUGAGCCAUGUCAGCCAGGGAUUGAUUAAAUAAAUUGUCCGUAUAUUAAAGGUAAACAGACUCUGGAUCUUUCAGUGCAGCAGAAGAAAUGAAACUCAGAUUUUAGCUACUCCACCUGCUAAAUGACAAUUUCUUCUGCCAUCCUCAAUAUGUUUAAGCAUAGGGCCUGCUAGCAAGAGUUUGCUGCUUUAACAAUGAAAAUCCAAGAGGUUCGGAUAGAUGUCUCUCUAUCCCUGUGAAGUUGCAAAAUUCAGGCUUUAUGGAGAGACUUCAGGCAUGCUGCUCCCAGAUGGGAACUACAAAUAAGGUACUUACCUGAAGAUCUCAGAGCUCCAGUUUGAGUUUGUUUUAUGCACUGAAGGGUUGGGUGGGAGAGAAUUUGAUUUUGUUCAGUAUUGUGUGUGUUAAAUAUCCUUAUUUUUUAUAACCCUGAUAAUACUGUAUGAAGCAAUUACAACCUCAAAAAUAUUUCCAUACUCUUUCGAUAGACAGAAGGGGUGAAAACUUGGCCUCACUGAAAUCAAUGGUAUUUAAUAUGGAAUUUUAAUGAAAGUUUUGCCAGACGCUGGAGUUUUAGCCAAAACAGCAACUGACUCUCCUGAGGUCUAACUUUAGAUAUGACAAUGGUUUUAUUAUCUCUCAUUAGUGAAAAUUAGUGUAUAGGUCUAUGGCCAAUUUUUUAAUGUGACAAUAGAAGGCUAUCUAGAAUACAACAGGAAUCUAAUCUGAACAUAGGUGUAAAAUAAGAAUUUCUAAUUGACUUUAAUAAAUUUGAGAGAAGUGUCUGUGUCUUCAAACAUAGUAUAUACUAGACAGAACAUAUUGAUAGUGAAUUUACAAAAUUAUCUUUCGGUUUGUCCUUUCUCAAACAAAACUGUCAGACAUGGUUAGGACAGAUGUGGGAACUAUAUGUUGCAGAUUCUUAAAAAUACUGUACCUUGAUCUAUGUCCAGAUUCUUCCAGAUUCUUAUUCUUGAGUAAUUGAAAUUAAUGAGUCUACUUAUGGAGUGGUUUAUUAAACAAAGUGGCAAAGAGUGAAGAAUCUGACUUCUAUUUUUCUUUAAUAAUUGUAUAUUUAAAAAAAAAAUCCAUAGAUUCUUUUUGGGAGGAACAGGAAUAGCAAAUUAAUCUUCUAUGCAAGUAUAUUACUACAUUACAAAUUAUUCCCUAAGGUGUUGAUAUUUAUAAUUUCUAUAAGAUGAACCAGACAAUUAAUUAGAGUAUGUUUCCAUGGCUGUCACAUGCCAGGUCUAACACACACAUGACCCCAGAUUGGCAGUUUUGGUUGAAAUGAGAUUUUUAUUUUAAGACACUCAGUUGAAGUCUUGCUGUGGUCUGUUUGUGGCAAAGGUAUUUUAUUCAUGUCAGCAGGCCUAUUGCUUUGUUAAAGUAAAGACUUUUGUGCAAAUGUAAGUUAAUGUCUGUGGACUUGUUCUCUAUUAUUCACGAUGUGUAACAAAUAUUUAUUGUAUAUUUAUAUAAUGUUAUGUUUUUUGGGGAAACAUUGAAGUUGGCAUUAAAACUUAAUAGUAUCUGCAUCAUAUUGUAAAUAUAAUUAAGCUAUAUUUAAGUGUACUAAUUAAUAUAUGUUUAAGUAUAACAUUUUGUAUUCUUUUACAAUAUUUUCAAUACAUAUCUAUAUACAAAAAACCUUGGGUAUGGGAAGGGAUAGGGACCAUGUCACUUUUCCUUAAUUGUAAAAUGAGCUUGAGUUUUACUAUGAAGAUGUGUGUUCCUUGCUUUAAAACACUGUUUACUUUAUUUUAGCAAUAACACUUCAUUUAGAGAGCUGAUAGCCACCUGUUUUGUAGCUGAGACAAGAUGAAUGAUGUAAUAUAUUUUUACUGAACCAACUUCUCUUGGUGAAAGACAAAUUUCAAGGUGAUACAGAGAUCCCUCUCAUAACUGCGUUGGGGGGGGGUAUGUCAAGAUGUCAUUUUCCAAAAAAACUUGAAGAUUCUUUUUAGAAUUAUAUAUUUCCAUUUAAUUCAUGAAUUCCAGGACCAUGAAUAUCUAUGAAUCUGGCACAGCUGAUUUUAUUCAGGUAUGAAAAAUGGUUAAAAUUGAAGUAGGGUGAUGGGGUUUUUAUGUAAUGUUAAUAAAUAA